GAGUGGAUAUUGUGCGCCCUCUGGCAAUGUUUAUCGAGACCAUUCCAUAAAACAAGACAGGGUAUAUAAGGAUAUGAAUGACUGGCAAGAACUUCCUUACCGAUAAAAUGUUUUCACCGGAUGGAAAUUCAAUUCACACACAAAGUAUUUCCGAAAAUGCUGAAACUCCGGAAUGUAUAAACCAAGAACUCCUGAAGCAAAGCAACGACAUCGAAGGAGCAACGAUGGUGUCGGUGAAUGAAAUUAGUGAACAAGGAAGCUCAUCUGUAUACAGCCACACACCUAUUGGAGCAUCAAAUGAAAUGACACGAGAGGAUAUCACAUCGGCAGCGAAUGCACUCAUAGACGACCUCAACCAAAAAAGGAAACAAGACACACAACUCAUAGAAGACUUUAAAAAGGCUCUGGAAUUACAGGUUCGGAGGACAUGUGCUAUGGUCGAAGAGAGAAUGUUUCAUGUUUACGAAAAGCAAGGAAAAGAGGUUCAAGAAAAACUCCAGGAACUCUUCGCUGGUAUAGAAAGGAUUGCGAAAACAGAAGCAGAGCUGGGAGAAUUCAGGGAGGCCCUAAGGCUGUUGUACACCGAUAUAAACACUGUUCAAGAAUAAUGUUUAUUACAUUUGUGAAACUUUGAUGUCAAGCUACACUUAUUCCGAAUAUCACAGUCGUUAUAAACAUACUGAUAAUAUUA